UUCUCUCUUUCUUUCCAGACAUGCGAAAUUACUCUGUGCAGCCAUAGAUGUGUCUCUCAGCUGCACCGCCUCUUGUCUUUCCUCUUCCAGAUGCUGACAGGCUCCGAACCAGCGGACAGAGAGAAACAGGCUCUCCUCGUAUCUGCAUGGAAACUGGAUGGGGGGAAUGAAUAGCAGAAGGGAAGAAGGAGCAAAGUUGGUUAUUUUUCUGGCACAUGGAUGCAAUUACAUGGAGCACAUUCCAGAGGCGUUACUUUGAAUUCUGAGCAGGUCUGCCUGCCAUUCCUGAGUGGAGAGAAGUAAAAAAAAGGGGGAAGAAAAGUCUCUCUCACAGAGACGGAAUGUCUGCACUUUCUAUCCUGUUUCUAGCAUCCUGUUCCACUUGGCUGUCACGGGCUCAGAUAGAAUUUAAGAAAGUGGCCGAAGCAAAUAUUACUCUGCCCUGUCACCAUCGACUGUACCGCCUGGGGCAAACAAGCCUAGACAUAGAAUGGCUGCUAAAGAAUUCCGAUGCUGAACCGAAAGUGGUGAUAAAUUAUGCAGGAAGCAACACCUACACUUACUUUAAUGAUGAACAAAAGGGUCGUGUUUCAUUUGCCUCCAACAACCGGACUGGAGAUGCCUCUUUGGAGAUUUCUUUCCUGCAGCCAAGUGACGCUGGCCAAUACACAUGCAAAGUUAAAAAUGCCGGGCAGUAUGAAUGGACCCACAUAACCCUGAAGGUUCUGGAAAAACCUUCUAAACCCAAAUGCUGGAAAGAAGGAGAGAUGAUUGAAGGAAAAGAAAUCAGUUUACAGUGCAAUACUGUCUCUGGCACUACACCCAUAAUGUACAGAUGGGAGCGUAUAGAAGAGGAUGGAAAAGCUGGGUCCCUGCCACCCAUGGCACAUAUCAAUUUUUCCAAUCCUGCACAAGUUCUGCUGAAGAACCUCACAUGGAUGGCAACAGGGUUAUACCAGUGUACUGCCUCUAAUGAAGUAGGGCAGGAAAGUUGUGUUGUAAAAGUGACUGUGCAGUAUGCACAAAAUUUUGGCAUAGUUGCUGGAGCAGUGUGUGGAGCAAUGGGGGGCCCUGCCCUGGUUCUCUUGGCGGUGUGGCUGACAAUCAAGAAAAAAGAGAAGAAGAAAUAUGAAGAAGAAGAGACCCCAAAUGAAAUCAAAGAAGACGCAGAGGCACCAAAAGCCCGAUUAGUCAAGCCUGGCUCUUCCUCUUCUGGCUCCAGAAGUUCACAUUCUGGAUCCUCCUCAACAAGAUCAACAGCAAACAGUGCCUCCCGAAGCCAGCAGACAUUAUCAACAGAGGCCACUCCUCAUAUUACUCCAACGCAACAGAACCAGGUUGAGAUAGAUGGCAGGGAAACUGAGCCAAAGAAAAUAAACCACACCAACUUUAUGAAAACAGAAGCCACACCAACCAUGAUGCCUGCUCAGAGUCGGGUUUUCCAGUCAGUUUGAUUAUUCCACAUCUAUUCAGGCUCCAGCUAUGCCCAUAACACACACACACAAACCACCAGCACUAUAUUAGAUUGUUUACCUUCCAAGGGAGCUCCCCCACCACACACACUCAACCACUACAUAAUAAAACUCAUCACAGUAUUCUCUGCUACAGGUAGCCUUGAAAAGUGAACUCAUGAUGGUUUUUUUAUUAUUGUUUUUAAUGCUUUUUGUGAUUAACUCUUAAAGGAAGAAAAGGGAACACUGAAGCGGCAGGUGUCAAAUGCUGGAGUCUUGAACCAUUUUUUUAAAAUAAAAAAGAGACACAAAAAAUCCCAAUGGAUCUCUGAAGUGGAAAUUUAUUUGGUAGUUUUCAUGAAAUGUACACAAGAAGCAAUACUGAAGUGUGUCGGGGGAUGGGGGACGAUGGACAGUGUACUUCUCUUCUCUGUACUGGAAAUAACACCAUCCAUUUUUAGGAUGGAUAUUGCCAAAGUUAUGUUGUUGCUUUUAAAAAGGCCAGAAUAAAAUGGAAAGUGUGAUGAGUAAAACUUCUAAUUAAUGGUUUGGGAAAUCUUGUUGUAAAUAUAUUUGUGAAAGAAACACACAGACACCCAAAAUUUAAAGGAAAAAGCCAAUGAAAGUUUGUUUACAAAAUGCGACCAGAACUGUAGAAUUCCAUAGCUGAUUUUAAGAAUUCCUCAAAUUUUCCAAAGUACAAAAACACUUCCAUUAAUACUAUUUGUUACUGAAGAUAUAAAUUUAUAACUAGGCUGAUUUAAAAUGUUCAUACUGCAGCUGAUUGUUUUAAAGCCUAAAUUCUGACAUUUUAUCACAUUCAGAGUGAAACCACUAGCCUGACAUAGUACAAGAAUGAUUCCCAAAUGGUUGCUUAGAAAGUACCAGUGGAUCAUGUACUGUAUUGGCAAUUCAUUAAUGUUAGAUACAACACAAGGGGUUUCAAUAAAGGUUUCUCAAAGGAAACCAGGGGUGAAUUUUCUUCCUAAGAGAGAAAGGCCUUUACUUGGAGAGUCUCUGUAACAAAAUGUUUGGAAAUAUUUGAAGCAUGCUCCAGUAUGAUUACAAUCAGGUAUCUAGGAAUACUAAUGGUUCUAUCCAAUUAGUCCUACUCAGAGCAGACCCACUGAAAAGAAUGGACAUGAAUUAUUUAGGUCAAUUCACUUCAAUGGGUCUACUAUAAGUAUAGCUAGCUGGAUGCAACCCUAACAGUACCCCAUAUGUUUAUUCAGAAUUCUACUGUGUUGAAGAACAUGCUCCUAAUGUUCAUAGAGUAGUACUUUAAGUUUAUUAUCCCCAACUAAAGUACCUACUUUCCCCUUCUUCAAAAUAAACCUAAUACAGUGCCAAUGACUCCUGUUUGCAGGUCAUACUGAAUUCAUAUUAUGCACAUCCUUAACAUGAAUAAAUUAAAAUAUAAGGUUUAUGGACCACUGAACAGUUUUAUCACUGCACUGAUUUGAAUCACCAUAGAGAAGAUUGCAAGGUGGUCAACAGUUUAUGAUUUAUUGUAAAUUUCAUUUUUCAAACUUUUAACUAGGAAGCUAUUUAGAUCACUUUACUCAGGAUCUGACCCAAGUACAGAAAUGGAUUAAUGAUUUGUAUCACAAAAAAGAGGACACUGAAACAGUGAUAUGUGGCAGAA